AUGCCAACACCUCCCGCACCAAGGAACGAGCGUCCCGAGCCCAGUCAGCCUCGACCCUCAGUCAUAGGGAUGCCUUAUAUGCGCGUACCUGGGAUGACUUGUCAGGAGCGACGCAGCGUGGAGGCCAUGGCCCGAGAUCUGCAUGACGCCCGUAGUAGGAUUGCUUAUCAUCAUCACAGCAUUGCUGACAUGUCAGAGGUGGUGGAUGCGGUGUGUGGUAAUGCAUACUCCGCCCGGAGGACGGCAACCAGAGCUAUGAUUACUAGUACUAUCGCUGGAGGGCUAGCAUUGAUUCUGGCAGUGGCAGUUGUCUUGGUGAUUGUGUUUUGGGGUUGA